AUGAAGGAAUUCUCCUCUUUGCCUCAGGGCAGUCAAGACGGGCUUAACAAGCUGAUGUACUUGCUUGCCCCUGAGGGCGUGCAACAUCUUGUAGCACAAGGCCCCGAGGCAAUCGGUGCGCGUCUGGAGGCGUUUUCGAGUUACGAAAACGCGCUGCUACAGCACCUGCAGCAGAAGAUGUCUACAUCGUUUGCGUCAAGGACACCACCGUCGGUGACGGAUGAGUUUUCCCGACCUAAGCCGCUCAUGGUGAGCGUUAAGGUAUUUGAGGGGAAGAAUGGAUAUAAUCCCCAGCUCUGGGUGAGAGAGGUCAAGAUGACCAUCGCAUCCGCCAUGCCCCAGACCGAGCAACAGCGCGUGGUGCUAGCCAUCUCAAAGCUCUGUGGUCGAGCGCGAGAAUGGGCACUGACGUGCUGCCCUUCGGUCGGAGCUGCGUUUCCCUCCCGGGCGGAACUGAAAUUGCAGCUCUCCCGAGUGUUCUCGCCGCCUAAUCAGGCGUAUCGCGUGCGAUCGCGUUUCUUUGCCACCCGACAGGGCAACAUGGAAUUGGUGGACUUUGUUCAGGAGUUGCGAACUCUCAUUGCCGAAAUGGCAGCAGAUCCCCUCCCGGGGGCCGUCACAGUGUCCGUGUUUAUGGAAGGCCUCCGCGCUGGCGCGGCCAGAAUGGAAGUCCUCCGUGUGCAUCCAUCCUAA